AUGGUGACAUAUUAUGUGUCAACGGCACUCUUCGCUCUUUUUGGACUCAAAAUGCUCCAUGAAGGUUACCAUAUGUCAGCUAGCGAGGGACAGGAAGAAUUCGAAGAAGCUCAAGCAGAGGUGGCCAAACGAGAGAUGGAUUUGGAUGCUGGAAAGUUUGUAGACAUGGAAGCAGGAAAUGCUGGGCAGGGCAGGAGCUCUUCAUGCGUGCUUGGCUUAUUUCUCAUGCGCUCCCCGAUAUUUUCAUGCAAGCAUUCAAUGAUGAAACUUUCGUCAGCCAGAAUGCCGGCCAGAAUCCGUUCUCAGAGACAACUAUUAUUCUGA